UCCAAUCUUUUCUCUUCCGCACUUAAUCUAAAACCCCUUUCUGUCUAUUCAAUUUUAAUCGGGAUUCGUCGUUUUGUUCUUCGAACCCUAACCCUACAACCAUUAUUCGAUAUCUUUUUUAUUCCAAUCGAAAUUGAAAUUGGGGGUUAAUUGAUUUUUGGGGGAGCUGAAUUACCGAGCGGGGAAACCACGAUCGGAAUUUUGAACGAUGUCUGCUGCCGUGUGCGGAAGCAAGAGAUCUUUCUUCGAAGAACUUCCCCCUUCGCCGCCGCUCUCCAAGAAGCUCCGUUAUUCAUCACCGAUUCGAUUCGCUCCUCCUUCUCUCAUUGAUCACCUUCGAACCUUUUUCCCUCACAUGGAUGAUCUGGUUCUAGAGAGAGCACUUGAGGAAUGUGGCAAUGAUCUAGAUGCUGCCAUCAAGAGGCUGAACGAGCUUUGCUUGGGGACUACUCAUGGAAAUACUGGAACUGCUGAAGAACCACAAGUUGAAGUUAAUGCGGAUACAGAUAAGUUGGAAGAUGAUGGGCUUGCUUCUGCUUCUGCUUCUGAUAACUUGCCUGCAGUGGACAACCUUCCUAAAGAUGGUGCAGAAUGGGUCGAAUUUUUCGUACGAGAAAUGAUGGUUGCUACUAGUGUUGAUGAUGCUAGAGCUCGAGCUGCUAGAAUGCUGGAAGCUCUGGAGAAAUCAAUAAGUGCCCGUGUAAGCGCUGAAGCAACAAAUGUUCAGAAGGAGAAUUUGUUGCUAAAGGAGCAAAUUCAGGUGCUGAUUAAGGAAAGAAAUUCUUUCAAAAAUGCGUUUAGAAUCCAGCAUGAGCGUUUUUCUGAUUAUGAUGAAAAGAACCAAGAGUUGCAGCAUUUGAAGCAGUUAGUAUCUCAAUAUCAAGAACAGAUCAGAACUCUUGAGGUGAACAACUAUGCUUUGGCAAUGCAUUUGAAGCAAGCUCAACAAAGCAACCGCUUUCCAGGGCAUUUCCCUCCUGAUGUCUUCUAAUUGCACAAUGCAAAUAUUAGGAAUAUGUCAUAAUAAAGCCACCAAAGUAGCUGAAUUUUUUUUGUUGGGUCUAAGGUUCUGUCAUUAUUAGUUUCUGAGGGGGAAGGUAGGAAUUGCAUUCCAUAUGCUGUCAACCCGGCUUAUAAUUAUAAUUUGAUGUUGUAAGAUGUUUUCAGUUAAUUCAAUUAUCGCGGUUUAAUUACUC